GUCUGUCAAUAGGUUGUCAAUUUGUCAUCUUAACACCUUUUUCUCAUUCAUCUCACCUCCCAGGAACUUUUCUGUCCCCGGAACUCCCCAUUAUUUAAACUCCUUUUUUCUUUCACAACACUCUCAAAAAAUAAAAAAUCUCACCUCCAAAUCCUGAAUAUAUCUUAUCUUCUUUGAUAGUUCAAGCAAAGAACUAAUGGCAGGUCAACUAAAAGCCGCAGCUGCAGCGGCAGUCGUCGAUCAUUUCGAAGACCGUCUACCUCUCAUGGCGGACAAACUUGGAGGUGAGGGCCUAAUUAAUGAACUAUGCAACGGGUUUAGUCUGUUGAUGGACCGCGAAAAGGGAGUUAUAACAUUCGAAAGCUUAAAAAAGAACGCUGUUUUGUUGGGAUUAAAGGGUAUGACAGAUGAUGAGUUACAAAGUAUGAUGUUUGAAGGUGAUUUAGACGGCGAUGGUGCUCUCAGUCAGAUGGAGUUUUGUGUUUUAAUGUUCAGAUUGAGCCCUGAUUUAAGGGAAGAUUCCAAUUAUUUUCUUGAAGAAGCUCUAAUCCAGGAGAUCAACUGCCAAGAUCUUUAAUCUGAUUAUUUUUCAGGGCUUUUACUAAUUUAUUCGACAUUUAAAUGACAAAGUAGGAGUUAAUUCUUCAUCCCCUUGAACUUGUUUCGUAGAUUUUUAUUCAUUAUAUUAUACAAUACAGAAUGGAAUUAUCAGCAAAUUCAUUUAUGGAUAGGCAAUCUUGGAGCAAAUUUUCUUUAA